CAUAAACCACCGUUAUUGGUACAGAAUGCUCUGCGCAAUGCGUUUCUGAGCAUUUCUGGUAAAUGAAAAAAGUGAGACAGAGAGAGAGAGAGAGAGAGUGGGGAGUUGUUGGUGGUUAAGUGGGUGAGACCAGCUGUAGAAAUGAAAGGUAAAACAAAAAAGUGGCACCAUCUGGACCCCACCUUCCCCUCUGCUUUCUCUCCGCUCAAUGCUCCGGUUCUCCGCGAAGCCACCAACCACCCGGAAAAGUUAAGGUGGUCAAGGCACUACUUGCUUUACACACUUUUUGUCCAACUCUGCCUUAACAUUAAAUAUACAAUGGAGAAACCAGUGGAAAAACAACCAGAAGAGGAGAAACCUAAAGAACAUACAGCAACACCACGAAAGCGAUUUGUCGGUCGUGCACGCAAUGCUGCAGCAAAAGCGUCAGAGGACACGCCAGCUAUUGAAGACGGUGCUGUUGGUUUCGUCAAGUCACGACGACCAAGAACGAGUCGUGUAGCAAACCAAAUUCCUGACGAAAUCUUGAACGAUCCGUUAUUAAAAAAGGCGGUCGAGCAGUUACCGUCCAACUAUAAUUUCGAAAUCCACAAGUCAGUAUGGCGGAUACGAAAAGCUGAAGCAAAAAAAGUGGCUAUCCAGAUGCCGGAAGGCCUAAUGAUGUUUGCCUGUGUGAUUUCGGAUAUUCUCGAAGUCUUUUGUCAAGUGGAAACGCUUAUUAUGGGUGAUGUGACAUACGGUGCAUGUUGUAUCGACGAUUACACAGCGCGUGCAUUAGGGUGCGACUUUUUGUUACACUAUGGUCAUAGCUGUUUAGUUCCCGUGGACGUUACACCAAUUAACACGUUGUAUGUUUUUGUGGACAUUGGAAUUGACACGCAGCAUUUUGUCGAUACUGUGAAAAAGAAUUUUGAAGCGGGAAAAAGGCUGGUUCUUGUCGGAACGAUUCAAUUUGUUGCAGCUUUACAGUCUGUACGCGAAAUAUUACAACAGGAUUAUACUGUCCUCAUACCCCAAUCAAAACCAUUAUCUCCUGGUGAGAUUUUGGGUUGUACAUCGCCAAAAUUGCCUGAAAUGGAUGCCAUUAUUUAUCUAGGUGACGGCCGAUUCCAUUUGGAGUCCAUCAUGAUUCAUAAUCCUUCUAUUCCUACAUUCCAGUAUAACCCAUACGAUAAACGCAUCACAAGAGAACGAUAUGAUCACGUGGAAAUGCAGUCGCUUCGGAAACAUGCCGUAACCGUGGGCAAGGAUGCCAAAAAGUUCGGUUUGAUCUUGGGCACCUUGGGCCGACAAGGCAAACCACAAAUCAUGGAGUAUCUGGAAACAUGUAUCCACGAAGCAGGAAAAGACUCAGUGAUUGUCCUGCUUUCUGAGAUCUUUCCACAGAAGCUUGCCCAAUUUGAAGAUGUGGAUGCAUGGAUUCAAAUCGCAUGUCCACGGUUAUCCACGGACUGGGGCUAUGCGUUCGCAAAGCCUUUAUUAACACCCUACGAAGCAUCGAUUGCGUUGGGCAAGGCAUCAUGGCACGACAUUUAUCCUAUGGACUUUUAUGCUAAUGACAGCCUGGGUCCUUGGACACCGAAUCACGGGCGUAAUGUGAAACGAUCCACAAAACGACAACAACAAUAAUAAAAUAUUACAUGCUAAUAACUUUGUGG